GUGUUUAUAAAUAAAUUAAAGUUGCAUAUGCAAUUUCCAACUUGUAAAUGUUUCCAUGGUUAAACAUUUGUAUAUAUCUAAGAAAAGGGAGAGACGUCAUAAUUGUUGCACAAAAUAACAACAAAUCAAAAACAAAAGAAAAUGAAGAAGGUUGGAUAUAAAAAGGAGCAGCCAUUGAUUUGUCUUCUUUUCUGGACGACGACUUGAAGUCUUGAACUGCUCCAACAAAAACAAAAGGAUGAGUUCCGAUCAACGGUGGAGAUUUAUCCGACCAGCAUUCUCCAUCCUCUUCCUCCUUUUUCUUCCUCACAAUCUCACGUUUGGUCUCUGUUUCAGCACCGAAGCAUUGGCGCUGAUGAAAUUCAAAGAGAGAAUAGAAACAGACCCAUUUGGAGCUCUGAUGAAUUGGGGUGAGCUUUCUCAUUGUUCUUGGUCUGGUGUUGUAUGUUCCCAUGAUGGAAGAGUUGUCAUCUUAAAUCUAAGAGAUCUCUCUCUACAAGGAACAAUUGCACCUGAACUCGGAAACUUAACUCACUUGAAGUCCCUUAUUCUUAGAAACAAUUCAUUUUCCGGGAUAGUACCUGAGGAGGUAACAGAACUGCAGGAGCUUGAGAUCUUGGAUUUGUGUAACAACAACUUUGUCCAACCAUUUAUCUUCGGUCGUAGGCUACUUCAGAUAUCUCCCCCUGGCCUAAAUCCAGGCUUCGGUGCAGCUCCUCCGUUACCUUCUCCUCCUCCAUCACCUACGGAGGACGAGGAAGUCCCCGUAGAUUUUCCUUUCUUCCUUCCCCCACCUACUGGAUCCCAACCCCCUCCGCAGAAUAAACGUGCAAACCCUCCUACUGAAAGCCAAGCCAAUAUCCCAAACCUGCCUCCAGUUUUCCCUCCACCAGCUGAGUCUCCACCCCCUCAGGUUUCAGAUGUGCCUCAUGCUGGCAACAAUAAGCGAUAUCAUAAGAUUUACAUAAUAAUUGGAGUGCUAGUAGGUGUAUCUGGCGUCAUGGCCGCAUUGGUGAUCUUCUUUCUUCUCUGGAACCAAAAGGUAAAAAUGAUAAAGCCAUGGGGGGCAACUGGGAGCAGUGGCCAGCUUCGAGAGGCUGUGAUAACAGGUAUCAUCACUUUUUCCUUUACUCUAUAUAUUAGCAUAGCAGAGACUGGUGAGAGUGAGUUUAGUGUAUCAUUGACUUAUGAAGGUAUUCCUAAGCUGAAGCUAUCAGAACUAGAAGCUGCCUGUGAAGAUUUCAGUAACAUCAUAGGCUCCACAUCCUCAGACGCCACCAUUUACAAAGGAACUCUCUCCACCGGUUCUGAAAUCGCCGUUUUAGCAGUGGCAUCUGGAUCCCUCCAAGACUGGUCGGUGGAUCACGAAACACAGUUCCAAGAAAAGAUACAGAGGUUAUCUCAAGUGAACCACAAGAACUUCCUCAAUGUAAUCGGAUAUUGCCAUGAAGACGAGCCCUUCAACCGAAUGCUAGUUUUCGAGUACGCUCCUUACGGAUCCCUCUUCGAGCAUCUGCACGACCAAGACGCAGAGCAUUUGGAGUGGCCAAUGAGACUGAGAAUCGUAAUGGGAAUAGCUUACUGUAUAGAACAUAUGCACAAUCUAAACCCUAAACCCAUCUCCCACACCAACCUCAGCUCCUCUUCAAUCUACUUGGCAACAGAUUACGCAGCCAAAGUCUCAGACUUUACAUUCGUCAGCUCCACGACCACACCAGUUGAUCCCAUGACCAACGUUGUCAGCUUCGGCACCAUUCUGCAGGAGGUCAUCACCGGAAAGAUCCCGGAUCCGGAUUCUCUGCUCCACGACGAAACCAAGCCCGUUGCAGACCCGACGCUGGAAAGCUUUCAGGAGGAGGUGAUGGAGAAGCUGUGGGAAGUGGUAAGAGAGUGUUUGAAUCAGAAGCUGGAAAUGAAAGAAGUGGUGGUUAAGCUGAGAGAGAUCACCGGAAUAACGGCGGAAGCAGCGUUGCCAAGUCGAUCUCCGGCGUGGUGGGCGGAGCUGGAGAUCAUAUCCACCGAAGUGUAGAUAUAUUGAUAUCAUAUAUACAUCAUCAAUUGCACAGUAAAGUAAUGUAUCAUCUCUUCUCAGUUCUCUCACUCUGCAAAUUGAAGUCUAAAGAUGAUUUGUUUUGUUUUUUCGGGUUUGGUUUGGAUCAAUUUUAGACACAAUGCUUUUGAAACCU